AUGUCACAACCCUUUCAACCACCAGCAGUCAGCACGUCACAACCAAGCAGCGCUCCAAAAGAUCGGGACGCGAUCUUCAGCAAGAUCUACAACUAUCCAUGGGCUCAAGACUCCGAUUUCCAGACUGGCUUCUCUUCUAUUGCUGGAGAUACGGGAAGGAACGCUUCUGAUAAUCCAGUCUAUCACGAAACCGAUCUGCUGCUCCAGGCGCAGUGUUUCUACUAUGCACGAAAAUACAACUUACCAGAUCCAGUCGACGUUGCAGCCUACAAGUCAUGGCUAAGUACUGAGGCACGCAGUCAGCCCACAGUCGAACAAACAAGACCCAACCUCCACGAACCACUCUCCAAUCAAGAUACAGCAGCUGAAGGCACCCUCCCCCAGAUCGACGGAACCUCAUCACCAAACUCAAAUUCAAAAUCUGACCUAGACCCCUCAACCCGUCCAACAACCUCCUCAACCUCAUCCUCAAACCCAUCACAACAAACCUCCACCGCCACCUCCACCGACGAAACCACGCAGCCAGCCGCACCCUACCCCACCAACUUUUCCUCCAUAGUCGACCUGAUCACGCGUGGCCAGCCCAUCCCCGGAAUAGAGAACAUCCCAGAUACAGUCCUCGACCCCAGCCUCUCCCAGCCAGACAGCACACCCCAGAGGCGGAAACCGUGGGAGAAAGGGGACGAGGAGAAGGAAAAGGGAGAGGAAGAGGAGAAGAAGGACGGGGAGGGUGCUGGUCCCGAAAAAGAGACCCAAACAUUGUGUAAUGGAAAGACAAAACGUUGUACAGUGCGGUGA